UUUUUUAACUCUCCUGGCUGAAAUAUCCACAAUCCCCCUUUAUUCUCGGCAAAAAAGUUGGUGGAAGCGAAGGUCGGGGAAUCGAAGAGGCCCAUAUUUUCUCGAAUCGUCGGUGGAAGAAGAAGAAAUCAAAGCUCUUGUUCACCGAAUCUGAUCUCGUAUUCUGCUCGGUACCUUCUGGCUUUCUCUCUACACUAAUCUGUUGGGCUAGGGUUAGGGUUAGGGUUAGGGUUCCGGUGAAAUGUCAGAAAGAAAACGGCUGACGGGGAAGCUGAAGUGGUUAAACAGGCAAAAGGGUUAUGGUUUCGUAACCUCUGACAUAGAUGGAGAGGUCUUCUUCGUGCACAAGAGCUCUCUCCACUCCGAAGGGUUUCGGAUGCUUUCCAGUGGCGAUUCUUUAGAGUUCUCUGUCGAGAAAGGGGAGGACGGACGGACGAAGGCUGUUGACGUCACUUUCCCGGAAAAAGCAGAGAUUUCUGUGACGACUAGUAAUGGGGAAUUGGGCUUCUCAGCCUGGAAAGGUAAAGGGCCUGGAGGGGUUGCGAGAGGUGGAGGAGGGGUUUUGGGAAAAAGCAGGUGGGGUGGUGGUGGUGGUGCUACGUGCUAUAAUUGCGGGGAAGCUGGACACUUCGCGAGGGAAUGCCUUCAAAGUUCUCGAGGAGGAGAGGGAGGAAGAGAAGGAGAAAGAGGUCCCCCGUGCUAUGACUGUGGGAAAUCAGGCCAUCUAGCUAGAGAUUGCAUCCAAGGUAAUCGCUCCACUAACCGUAGAUUUGGGGUUUCGUGUUAUAAUUGUGGAAAAAAUGGGCAUUUGGCGAGGGAUUGUAACCAGGAAGGAGGAAGCUCUGCAAAAGUUAGUAUCGGCGGCUACUCUGGCGGUGAAAGGGGAUGUUAUAACUGUGGAGAGCGUGGGCAUCUUGCGAGAGAUUGUCCUAACAAUGACGAUAAGUAACUUAUGCCCAAUUUUUUUUUGUUCUUAUCUCUCCACCUCUCCUAAAUUUUUCUUUUUUUAAAAUGGUUUGAUCUUUUUCUUCUAACUUGUUUCAGUAUUCGUGUAUUGUCAUACAUAAUUUCUAUGUUGAUAACCGGGACCUGUGGAAUUAUUAAAGAUAUGGGCUCUAUAGCUUGGUUCCUGUAAAUAUAUUUCAUCGCCUUUUGAUAAUUUGAUGAUGAGUUGAUGCAAACUUUUGUUCAAUGUGGUGGAAUAUCAUUUUUAGGGGCUGUCUG